AUGUUAAGAAUGCCUUUCAGACCCUCUUCGUUGUACCUGAAACCUAGUUUGGGUCAUAAAAUGAGGUACACUUCUUCUGCCUUUUCACAUGGGCCUCACACUAUGAAUAUAUCCCAACCUUUAUCCAGGGCCUCGUUAGUUGCAGAAAAGACAUUACAAGGACAAAUUCAACAAAAGAGGAACUUUGGGUCAUAUUACUAUCCAUUCCCAAAGAUUCCAAGACCUAAGAGAAACGUGUUGUAUUACUCGACAUGGACGAAGGGAACCAGAUUGGCUUCGGGUCAGAAGAAAUUGAAGCUUCCAUAUAUAAGGAUAUCCAGAAGACUGUUUUCGAGUGCCAAUCAGAAAUUGAAAAACAAAACGAAGAAUUUUCACAAACGAUUCUUCUCAGCGGAGGCACGUAAAAAGAGACAGCAACGCAGAAGAUUUAUUAGAUGGUGGACUUUAACCUCUUUGACGGUUGUUUUAGGGGGUGUUGCGGCAAAGAUCCACUACGAACGAGGUGACAAAGACCAGCACUUCAACGAAUAUGCAAUAAAACCACAAUCGUGGCACUUGUAUGCAUAUUCGACGUUGCCAUUGAAGUCGAUUUCAAGAUUAUGGGGUCAAUUCAACUCCAUCAAUUUACCAGUUUGGUUAAGAGGUCCAUCAUAUAAGUUGUAUUCCACUUUAUUUGGUGUCAAUUUGGAAGAGAUGGACGAGCCAGAUUUAACCACGUACAGUAACUUGUCUGAAUUUUUCUACAGAAAGUUGAAGCCGGGUGUUAGACCAAUUGCCGAUUCGGAAGUGGUAUCUCCAUCUGACGGAAAAGUAUUAAAAUUCGGAAUCAUAGAGAAUGGUGAAAUUGAACAAGUGAAGGGUAUGACAUAUUCAAUUGAUGCUUUACUUGGAUUGAAAGCAGAAAGAUUAGCAGCGCCUUCUCAUUCACUUGAUUUUGACCAUGAAACUGACGAUGACUCCGUCUUGAAAAGAGACGAAGAGUUUGCCAAGAUUAAUGGUAUAUCGUACUCAGUUGAUGACUUGGUUGGUGGUGAAUCGAGUGAUACAUUCCAUAUGAACGAUUUAGACUAUAAAGAUGAAGGUGAUGGAACAGCUAAGGGAUCAAAGUCCUCGUUUUCCAAAGAGCUCGCGGUGGCCAAGGGUGUAGCGCCCCCUACAUUGAACAAUUUCAGUGACAACAAGCAAUUGUACUUUGCGGUUAUUUACUUGGCUCCAGGUGACUAUCAUCGUUACCAUUCGCCAACCAACUGGGUCACAACGUUAAGACGUCAUUUCAUUGGUGAAUUGUUUUCGGUAGCCCCCUUCUUUCAGAAGACUUUGCAGGGAUUAUUUGUUUUGAACGAGAGAGUAGCGUUGCUAGGCUACUGGAAGCACGGUUUCUUUUCCAUGAUUCCAGUUGGUGCCACGAAUGUUGGUAGUAUAGUUGUCAACUUUGACAAGGAUUUGAAAACAAACGAUGUUUACGAAAACGAAGUCUAUCUGAAGAGCUCUCUUUCUUCCGAUAAUGAAAAUACCCCAUUAUUGCAAAACACUGAUGAAUCCUCUACUGAUGUGUCAACAGUAUCGACUACUUCCUCCACUGCCAGCCAACGUAAGAAAUUGAAGAAGAAUACUGUAUACGAGGCCACGUAUACUAAAGCCAGUAGACUUUUGGGUGGGUAUCCUUUAACGAAGGGUCAAGAAGUUGGUGGUUUUAAAUUAGGCUCUACAGUUGUUUUGAUCUUUGAAGCCCCAGAUAACUUCAAAUUCGAUUUAGAACUUGGCCAGAAAGUUAAGAUGGGUGAACAGUUAGGCAGGUUUGAAUAG